UUUCUCCUGAUCAGGGUCCCCUGAAGUGAAGGUAAAAGUGGAAGAAGAGAUGGAAUCAUGGUUGCUGGAUCAGCAAGAUUUGGAAGAAAAACAGAUCUCGGCUGCCUGUUCAGGGUUUCCUGAUGCAACUGUAAAGACGGAAGAACAAGAACUAGAGGACUCCCCUAGUCCUCAUGAAGGACCACAAAAAAGUGGACUUGUUUCAGAUUCCUGUCCGGACUUUCCAGCUGUCACAGUAAAGGCGGAAGAAGAGGAGGAACCAUGGAUGCCAGAUCAUCAGGGGUAUGAGCAAGGAUUCCCUGCUGUGAUUAUAAAGAUGGAACCGGAAGAGGAGCAGUGGGUUUCUGACCUCCAAGAAGGAAGCAUGGUGACCGUCUCAAAAACCCAGUCAGGCAAUGGUUAUAUGAAAAAAGAGGAUUUUCUGUCAGGAACUACUAAGCAUGGGAAAAUCAACAAAACGAUGACAAAAGGAGGCAUAUUCCGAUCCCUGGAGAAGGCCAGUCAGUACAGAGCAGAAAGGCAGGCUGGAAGCCACCCAGGCAAAAGAGGGAGCAAGAAACCAUACAAAUCUUAUAAUUAUGGCAAAAUCUACAUUUGGCGAAAAUAUUUUCUUGUGCAAGAGAAAGCUCACGCCGGAGAGAAACCAUAUACAUGUUCCUAUUGUGCAAAAACUUUCAAUGUGAGGUCAUACCUCCUUGUCCAUGAGAGAACCCACACAGGAGAAAAACCACAUAAAUGUUCUCUCUGUGGCAAAGGCUUCAACGUAAGGUCUUACCUUGUGGCCCACUGGAGAACCCACACGGGAGAAAAACCACAUCGAUGCUCCUAUUGCGGGAAAAGCUUCAGCGGGAGAUCCAACCUCAACCGACACCAAAGAAGCCACACAGGAGAGAAGCCGUACACUUGCGCCGUGUGCGGCAGAAGCUUCAGUCAUAAAGCGCACAUGAUCAGACACGAGAGAAUCCAUACGGGAGAGAAGCCGUACAAAUGCUCCCAGUGCAUGAAGAGUUUCAGCCAAAGUUCUACCCUCAUUUCCCAUGAGAGAACUCACACCGAGAAACCAUACAAAUGCUCACAUUGUGAGAAAAGCUUCAGCCAAAGUGCCAAACUCGUGACGCACGAGAGAACACACACGGGGGAGAAACCCUAUGAAUGCCCAGCGUGUGGGAAGGGUUUCAAUCACAGGUCAGAUUAUAUCAUACAUGAGCGAACCCACACAGGAGAUAAGCCCUAUGCUUGUUCCAUUUGUGGGAAAGGCUUCAGUGGCAGGUCCAACCUGACGAGGCACGAGAGGAGUCACACAGGAGAGAAACCGUACCUUUGCUCCGUUUGCGGCAAAGGCUUCUGUCAUAAAGCCCACCUCCUUCGACACGAGAAAAUCCACACAGGAGAGAAACCAUACAAGUGCUUAGAAUGUGGCGAAAGCUUCAAGCACAGGACAGACCUUAUAGGUCACGAGAGGGGCCAUUCGGGGGUGAAACAGUAUACCUGCGCAGCCUGUGGGAAAAGCUUCAGUGGAAAAUCAAACCUUAACAGGCACAAAAGAAGCCACACCGGCGAAAAACCCUAUACGUGCCUGGUCUGUGGUAGGAAUUUCAGUCACAAAGCGCACCUGAUCAGACAUGAGAGAAUCCAUACAGGGGAAAAACCAUAUAAAUGUUCACACUGCCUGAAAAGUUUCAAUCAAAGCUCAACCCUUAUAACUCAUGAGAGAACCCAUACAGGACAGAAACUGUAUAAAUGGCUGUAUAAGUUUCGAAGAUGUGGCUGUGGCUGUAUAAGUUUCGAAGAUGUGGCUGUGUAUUUCACUCAAGCAGAGUGGGUCCUGCUGGAUCCAGGUCAAAGGGUUUUAUACUGGGAGGUCAUGCAGGAGAAUUAUAAGAACAUCUCUUCCAUAGGUGGCAGGUGUAUGAAAAAAGAGGAGAACAGUCAUUCUCAAAUCCUUCUCCAGCUGGAAGGAAAAGGAAGUUCUUUACCUGCUGCUGGUGACCAACACUGUCAAAGGUGGGGCGUAGCAGAGAGGAAGCAGGGGUACCGUCCAGGGAAGAAAGUACAAAAAAGAUUAUCUCGUGGGGAAGGUGACCAAGAAGUCAGUGAAGCCAAAGUACAAAAGAAAAACCGCAUGAUGGUUCGGAAUAAGCACUCUCCAAGCUUUCACAUAUAUGGAUGUAAGGAAAACCGAAUGAAGGAGAAAAAAUACCAGUGCUCCAUCUGUGGAAAAAGUCUCACUAAAAAAUCAAAUCUCAUCCUGCAUGAGAGAACGCAUACAGGAGAGAAACCUUAUUCCUGUACAGUCUGUGGGAAAAGUUUCAGUCGCAAAUCGUACCUCAGCAGACAUUUGCAAAUUCACACAGGAGAGAAGGUAUAUACAUGUUCCGUCUGUGGCAAAUGUUUCAAUGACCGGUCAAACCACACAAGGCACGAGUAUGCCCAUACGGGGCAAAAACUGUAUAAAUGCUCAUUUUGUGGCAAAGGCUUCAGCUGCAGUGCUUAUUGUAUAAUACACGAGCGAACGCACACUGGAGAAAAGCCCUAUAGGUGCUCUUUCUGCGCCAGAAGUUUCAGUCAGAAAGCCAAUCUCACGAUGCACGUGAAGAACCACACAGGAGACAAACCACACACAUGUUGCAUGUGUGGUAAAAGUUUCAGUUGCGAAGCCCGGCUGCUUAGACACAAGCAAAGCCACACAAGAGAAAGCAUCCAUGCAGAUGAGAAGCCCUAUGCAUGCUCUACCUGUGGGAGAAGUUUCCAUCAGAAAUCAAAUCUCGUUAAUCAUGUGGCAAUCCAUAGUGGAGCAAAGCCUUACCUGUGCGGUGUCUGUGGUAAACAUUUCAAUUAUAAAGCAAUCCUUACUAGACACAGCCGAAUGCAUAGCAGAGAGAAAGGAUAUUCAUGCACUUUAUGUGGUAAAGGCUUUCAUGACCUAGCAAACCACGAGAGACACCAAAAAACCCAUACGGGAGAAAAGCCAUAUAAAUGUUCAGUGUGCGGCAAAAGUUUCAGUCUAAAAACAUAUGUAAAUAGACACAAGAUAGUCCACACAGGAGAGAAACCCUAUCGAUGCUUAGUUUGUGGGAGAAACUUUAAUCAGAGAUCGAAUCUCAUUAAUCAUGAAAAAAUGCACAGGGAAGAAAAGCCAUAUAUGUGCUUAGUCUGUGGGAAAGGUUUCAGCUAUAAAUCCCGCCUUAUCAAUCAUGAGAGGAUACAUUCAAGUAAGAGAGAGCAGCUGGGGGAGAAAUCUCAUCAAUGCUCCAUCUGUGGGAAUCGCUUCAGUAAAAAAUGCAAUCUGAUCGCGCAUGAGCGGAUUCACACAAAAGAAAAACCGUAUGGAUGCUCCGUCUGUGGGAAGAGAUUCAACCAAAGAUCAAACCUUAUCACACAUGAGAAAAUACAUUCAGAGAAGAGAGUAAAACCAGCAGAGAAAGCCUAUAGAUGUUCAGUCUGUGGGAAUCGGUUCAGUAAAAAAUCUAACCUGACGGCGCAUGAGAGGAUUCACACAAAAGAAAAACCAUACGGGUGCUCAGUCUGUGGAAAGAGUUUCAACCAAAGAUCAAAUCUUACCACCCAUGAGAGAAUCCAUACAGGAAGAAAACCUUAUAUGUGUUCCACCUGCGGGAAUGGUUUUAACUGUAAAACGAGGCUCAUCAGACAUGAAAGAGGUCAUAUAGGAGAGAAGCUGUAUAUAAGCUCCGUGUGUGAAGAAAGCUUUCCCUCUUAUGCAAAGUGUCUUACCUACAAGGGAAUUCAUACAUGAACGUCACCGUGUGCCAGGAUGGACAAACAGCAUGACAGCCGAGAUGGCCAGAAAAGUACCAUGGAGGUCCUUUUAAAAAUUCUUGUAUCAAAACUAUGUAAAACAGUGUAAGCCAUUGCUCCCUGUUCAUGAACAGAUAUCAAUGGCUAGUAAAAUAUUAAUACAGUGGUGCCUCACUUAA